AUGGAUUAUGACAGAUUCAUUACAAAGAGGAGCGCUGCUCGGCAGCCAAGUGCUAUUCGGGCUCUACAAAAGUUUCUUUCUGUUCCUGGAAUGAUAUCUCUUGGCGGUGGUAAUCCGCAUCCAAACACGUUUCCAUACGUGUCAAUGGAAUUCAAACUCAGGAACGGUGAAAUCGUCAGCAUCUCUGAAGAAUUCACUAAAAAAGCUCUACAAUACUCUCCAACCAACGGUCUUCCAGAACUGGUUGAGUGGAUUCGAAAACUUCAAAUUGAAGAACAUCGACCUCCAGAAGAAUCGUUCGAGAUCUGUCUUGGAAAUGGUUCACAAGAUGUGAUUACGCGAGCUUUGGAAAUGUUGAUUGAGCCAACAGAAGAAUCGGUUUUGUUAAUCGAGUCUCCAGCAUAUGUUGGCAUACUGGCUUUCUUAAGGCCACUAGGCUGCAAAUUGGCUGAGGUCGAUACUGAUUCUGAAGGGCUGGUUCCUGAAAAGUUGGAAGAAAUCUUGGCGAAUUGGAAGGAUGCACAAACACGUCCAAAGGUCCUUUAUACUGUCCCAACUGGAGGAAACCCAACUGGCACAAGUACAUCUCUUGAACGAAAGGCGCAAGUCUACGAAAUCGCUCAGAAAUAUGAUUUGCUCAUCUUGGAAGACGAUCCAUACUAUUACCUGCAAUUCGGAUCUGCCCGAGUUCCAUCAUACUUCUCAAUGGAUGUCGAUCAAAGGGUCCUUCGUUUCGACUCCUUCUCCAAGGUAUUGUCGGCCGGUAUUCGUAUUGGUUGGGUUUCGGGCCCAAAACCAUUGGUUGAUCGCAUUGUUUUGCAUGGCCAAGCUACCAGCCUUCACCCCUCCGGUAUAAGUCAAGCUAUGGUAUAUGGAGUUCUUGCUAAAUGGGGAAUAACUGGGUUCUUGGAACAUGCUGAUGAGGUUGCAAACUUCUAUCAAGAAAAGCGAGAUGCUUUCUUGAAGAGUGCAGAAGCUCGAUUGACUGGAAUCGCUGAAUGGUCUACUCCAUCUGCAGGAAUGUUUGUCUGGUUGAAAUUAUUGGGCGUUGACGAUUCCACUGAAUUGAUCAAGCAAAAGGCUGUUGAAAAGAAGGUGCUUUUUGUGCCUGGAUAUGAGUUUAUGCCAAACAUGAGGGCCACACCUUUUGUACGUGCAUCGUACUCUACUGCUACUGCUGCAGAGAUCGAUGAGGCACUCAAGCGCCUGGCUGAACUGGUUAUCGAUGCAAGAAAAGAGAUUGCUAACGGCAAUCACUAG